GUUUGGGUGGAAAUCGGUCUCUUCGUGUAUCGCUUCGCUGGUAAACGUUUCUCGACCUUGAGAAGAUUCAGAAUAAAUAUUGUUUCACUUCCGGUUUUGUGUAUGAUGCAAGCCCACGCAUUUGAAACUAUAAUUAGAGAAAUGACGUCAGAUCAACGCAUGUGAACAACUCGGCCUUUCAUCGUCCGUCGGGAACUGGGACGGCAAUUCCGCGGGUUAAUUACCAUCGAUUGAAAAUUGGGGUUCGUUCGAGUGUCGUUUCAAACACCAAUUCGUACGAAAUGUCCGAGCCACAAAAAAGAAAUUUCGGCGAGGAAACCAGGGGCAAUAUUCUCGGGCAUCAUUCGUGGAGCAAUGGUCCUGACAGCGAGGAUGAGCUAACUGGCGAAAAUGGACUGCUUAACGAGAACGAGACCGGACCAAGCCAUUACAGACCAACUUUAACAGAGCAGACUAUGCGUAAUAUGACGUUUGCAGAGGAAAAAAUGCGUAGAAAGCUAAAAUUCUUCUUCAUGAACCCGAUUGAAAAAUGGGAAGCAAAACGUCGUUUACCAUACAAAUUUGCUGUACAAGUCAUUAAAAUCAUAUUAGUCACUCUUCAACUAUGCCUAUUCGCACAUAACAAUUACAUGCAUGUAAACUAUUCUUGGGAUAAUCGAUUAUCAUUCUCACACCUAUUUCUCAAAGGAUGGGAUAGCAUUCAAGAGGUACCAGCUUAUCCACCAGCAGCAGGCCCCUUGGCAGUUUACAAACAAGACCAAUUCUACAGUACAAUUGAUUAUGCUUUAGAUGGUUACUAUAACGUUAAUAAUGCGAUUGGAUCUUAUUCGUACGUUACAGAAGACAACUCGGUAGUUCCAGUUGUCCUAUGUUUAUAUCAAUACAAAACAGCUAUUAUAUUCGGUUUCAAUGAAAGUUAUGUUUUCGAUAAAGAAAUCGUAGAAAGGUGCAUAAAUAUAACCCAUGAGUUCUACAAUGAAUACGGCACAUCAAAGAACUUAUUGACCAAACAAGAAAUCAAUGUAAAUUUCUCGGCUCUUGUUAGGGCAAGUUUAAAAUUUUCUCUGAAAACAGUCAAUUUAAAAGCUGCCGGACCUAUGACACCGCCGGAUUGUUAUAAAUUUGAUAUUAAUAUUGGCUUUGAUAAUCGCGAUUUUGAUGGACAAAUGUUGCUUUCGUUAGAUGCCGAACCAAGGAGACUGCAAUGUAAAGGGGAUACACGUUACAUUACAAAUAAUCGUAUCGAAUCAACCUUGAGGACGUUACUAAAUUUAUUAGUAAUUUUUAUUUGUUCGUUGUCUCUUGGUUUAUGCUCCAGAUCUAUAUACCGCGCACAACUGUUGAAAUUCGAAACCAUGAAUUUCUUCAAGAAAUCAUACGGCAAAGUAUUGAGUAUUGAAGGAAGGUUAGAGUUUUUAAACUUAUGGUACAUAAUGAUUAUUGUCAACGAUCUUCUAAUUAUGUUCGGCUCAGCCAUGAAAGAACAAAUCGAACGAAAACAAUUUGGCAGCGAUCAUUGGAAUUUAUGUAGCAUAUUCCUUGGAACAGGAAACUUGCUCGUUUGGUUCGGGGUAUUGCGAUACCUCGGCUUUUUUAAAACUUACAACGUUGUUAUUUUAACGUUGAAAAAAGCUGCCCCGGAAGUCGCACGAUUUUUAAUAUGUGCAAUUCUUAUUUAUCUCGGUUUCACGUUUUGUGGCUGGUUGAUCCUAGGCCCAUAUCAUAUAAAAUUCCGAUCGCUGUCCACGACCUCAGAGUGCUUAUUCGCUCUUAUAAACGGCGACGAAUUGUUCGCAACAUUUUCUAUAACGUCUUUCAAAUCGCCAAUGUUGUGGUGGUACUUUAGAAUAUAUUUGUACACGUUCAUUUCGUUGUAUAUUUACGUCAUUUUAAGUUUAUUCAUUUCUGUGAUAAUAGAUGCUUACGACACAAUUAAGAUUUAUUAUCGUGAAGGUUUUCCGAAAAACGAUUUGCAAACUUUCAUAGCUGCGUGCACAGAUGAUGCAUCGAGCAGUCUGUAUAGAGCAGACGAUUCUGACAGAAGCGAUUUGACGGAGCUCCUCGAUCGCUUCUGUUGUUGUCGGAAAAGGGCCUUUUACGGCUCAUUCUCAGGAUCAGAAUUCACAACAAAAACCGAGCAAACGUGCGAGGGAGCAAUCUGUGUAUAGUACACUUAUAGACAAUAAUAUAUUAGAUAAAAAUUAUGGCUCCACGGCAGAGACGAUGUAUUAUAACGACAAUUUUGUCGUGUAAAGUAUUUUUUACGAAAUUAUUGUAUUGCAUUUGUUUAACAGCUGUGGCUGUGUCUUGUAUCUGCCAAUUUUAUGUCUUGCGAUUGUCGGAGGUCUAAAUGUCGGCAACGAUAGACUUAUAUUACGCGUACGCAAGAAUUCUACUCAUAAUUUUAUAUGAUGCGCAUUGUAUAUGUACAUAGCAUCUCGACGAUAUGUAAAGUUUAAAAACAUGAAACGCGUUUUAAUUAAAGCGAACGAACACAUUGAAAGGGAAUGUGUUAUCCAAAGAAAUAUAUUUACAAUGAAGUACAAUAAAAUUGUAAUUUUUCUAA